UAUAAAAUACAAAAAUUACCAAAUUCCUGAAGAUAUUUAAGAUAAACUUAACCUCAAACAACAAAUGUGACAGCACGCAGCCGCCAGUCAUUCAAAAUUUUAGUGUGAAGUACGACUACAACGCAAAAUAGAACGGAAAGGGGCGGCGCGGAUCUGGUCACCGGACCUCAUCUACUCAAUGCGACCGGACGAAGGGCUAUUAUGAGCGCCACCAAUGCCCUCGCAAGUAUAACACGGCCAAACGACGCGGUAAUUCCCGCUCGAGACAUCGUCGUGUCUAUCAUAUUAACGGAAUCCACUGCAAGUCUCCUUGAUAUAAAUGCAAUCCAUUUGGAGGAUAUUCUCGAUUGGAAUUCGACCACAUCUGCUUUUUCUCUAAACGAUUUGGCAUUUUUAGAAGAUCAAGCGUUGAAAAAAUCACAUAGUUUUAAAGACGCUAGGUCAUAUUCAAGUGACUUAUCUAUUUCCACCGCGAAUUCAUUUAUCGUUACAAGAGAUAUUGCUUAUUUUUGUAACCAGGAGUUUCUUAGUGAAUCUCAAAGUUCGAUUGAUGAGUCGAUAGUUUUAAAACCAACUGGAAGCAGUAUUAAUUGUCAAUCUUUAUUAAAAAGACGUUUACUUCCUUGUUACAUCUAUACAAGACCACUAUUAUCAGCGAAAACAACAGCACAUGAAGAUAAAAUAAAAUAUCGAGGCAAUAGUAUUUAUUUAUCAAUUAUGGAUAGCACUUUAACAAUAACAAGUUCUGGUUGGGUUAAUUUCUGUCGGAUUUGUCACGGUGGCGAAAGUGUUGGUCGUCUAAUAUCGCCAUGUAGAUGUCGAGGGUCAAUUGCUUUAGCUCAUUUGGAAUGCUUGGAAGAGUGGCUUAAACAAUCAAAUUAUAGCCGUUGCGAAUUGUGUCAGCAUCGAUACGAGAUUGUUAGAGAACCAACGUUAGUAAAGUACAGCAUACCAUGGUCGAUAAUUGUUUUUUUGACACAUCCUGGUGAGCGAUUAAAAGAAUUGUUACUAGAUAUACUCGGAUUUGCAAUUUACACUCCAACAGCAAUUGCUUCGACAUAUUUAUUAAUGGUUCUGUGUGAUACAAUCGCAGCAAGAAAUAAUUUACAGGUAUCAAGGAGUUUUACGCCGCAUUUUUUGGCUUUUUCAGCGGUUUUUGGAAUGGCCACAAUCGAUUUUACGUACUCGUCUUGGUUGGUUGUGAUGCUACAGAGGCAUUUUGAUGCUUGGAGACAGUGGUACCAAAACAUGUGCACCCUUAAAGUAAUUUUACCACCGAGAAAGCAAAAACGUCACAGGAAAAGGAAAGAUCUUGGUUCAGUCGAUUUGGAUUAAAUCGAACAGGUUUAAGGGGAUAAAUUUAAUGGAAAAACGUUAUUUAUUUGAAUUAUUUAUAAAUAAAAUUAUACAUAUAUAUAUU